AACUUACCUUUGUUAAUUCUUACAGGCAAUGAGGACAGUCCUUCUUGAAACUUGCCGAAACUGUGGUCCUCCAUCCUUUGGCUGAAAGUGGUGUUAAAAGGCAGGAGCCAUUAUGCCCUUGAAGGAAUCAACUGCCUAGUGUAGCCAGAGAAUUUUGUAGAAAUGGGGGAAGAGCCAUGCAUUGUGUCCAAGAGCUAUUUUAACAAUUAUUACAACAAGGAUUUAAUAAUUUUUCAUUAUAACCAAACUGGGAAGCUUGAGGACCCAAAGUAUAAUAACCAGAAACUGAGGAACAGCUCCGUUUUCUUCAUCAUUUUGUGUUCUUUCAUCAUUCUUGAAAACCUACUCGUCUUGGUGGCCAUCUGUAGAUAUAAGAAGUUCCACUCAGCCAUGUUUUAUUUCAUUGGGAACUUAGCGCUCUCUGAUCUGUUUGCAGGUGUUGCUUACAUUUUCAACAUCGUGUUUUCGGGCAGCUGGACCUUGAAGCUGACGCCGCUGCAGUGGUUUUUCCGUGAGGGUACCAUGUUUGUCGCAUUGGCAGCAUCUGUCCUCAGUCUGCUGGCCAUCGCCAUCGAGAGACAUGCUGCCAUUGUGAAAGUCAAACUCUAUAGUGGUGAUAAGAAUAGUCGGAUGUGUUUGCUGAUUGGAAGCUGUUGGAUUGCCUCUGUGCUAUUGGGUGGGCUGCCAAUAAUGGGCUGGAACUGCUUGUGCCACAUGAAUGGUUGUUCCACUGUGCUCCCUCUCUUCUCCAAGAAUUACAUUCUGUUCUGUAUCACUCUGCUCAGCGUCAUCCUUCUGUCAAUAGUUAUCCUUUAUGUGCGAAUUUAUCUGAUUGUCCGAUCCAGUCACUGUGAAACCGCGGCUCCACAAACCCUGGCAUUGCUGAAGACGGUGACAAUUGUGCUGGGAGUGUUUAUUGUUUGCUGGGCACCCACCUUCAUCAUGUUACUGCUGGAUUUUGCCUACACGGAAAGUGAUUUGAAGAUCCUGCAUAAAGCAGAAUAUUUCCUGGCCCUGGCUACCCUCAACUCUGCAAUGAACCCCAUCAUUUACACACUGAGGAGCAGGGACAUGCGCAGAGCAUUUCUGCGUGUCCUGUGCUGUUGUUCCACAAUGGAAAAAAGGAUUGAGAGCUGCUUCCCUAGUCUUCGUCACCCCAGUACUUUGGACCGGUCUUACCAUAAACACAAGGCAGACUCACCAACGAUGCCGGAAUGCACAACAUUCGUAUAAAUAUCUGUGCUGCAGAAGGGUCUGAUGGUGAGGAGUGUUGUAACACAUAUCAUCGACGCAUGCACUCCACACACUCGCCCAUCAGAGACAAAACGUAUCCUUGAUCAAUCCUCAAGCCCAUAACGUUCGAUGGUGGAGGUUGCUGUCACGAGGGGUCCUCUAUUCAGCAAAUGGUGGGCAAAUUGGACAUGACACUCAAUAUAUUCCCUCUUCCCAUCUGACACUUGGCAACCAGUCAGCUGUCCUGUGGGGUUUAUUUUUGUCACCAUGGAAACAAUUUGGCACCAGCCAAUCUGAAAGGAAUGCACUUGACAAAAUAACUCAUUGUUCAGCUGUGCCACAGAAUUUGCAAAGUCUCUUGGACAGAGUGUGUGGCCCAAGCAGGUUGGAAAUUACAGUGACUUCGUUAACCGACAAUGCUGGACUGCAGAGACCCAUGGGGCACUGUGUGUUCUUAUCCACCUGAUCAGAGAUGAUCAUAUUUCCAUGUUAAGGGCAAUUUAAUAGUGGCUGGAAGGAGAUGAUAAAAUAUUUUUUGGGAUAACAAAUAUACACAGCAAUUUCAUGAAUGCCUAUAAAACCAUCAGAAACUGUUCUCUCACCCCACGAGUGUUAGACCUGACCCUGAGAGAACUUCAGUUCCAUAAAUCUUUCCCAGUGGAGCCGGCACUGCCUGUUGGCACUGACCCCUGCCCAGCGGCACUCCCCCUUGCCUGGCAGCACUGCCCUCCCUGCCCUGUGGCACUGCCCCAACCCCGACCCCCGCUGCCCGGAGGCACUGGUCCCCCACUGCCCGGCAGCACUGGACCCUGCCCAGUGGUGAGGCAGCACCGGGCUCCUUACAGUAGGAAACUGUGAAACUGUUCCUCUCACACUAACACUUCAUAAAACAGAUGGAGAGUGGCAGGAUUCCUGUGGGGCAGAUUUGGUUACAGUCCUGUCAGGGUCAUGAGCUGAACCCUAUUGGGGGGCUAUAAGCAUCACUGACAGUUUGUGAAUCGAGUAAACUAUUAGUUACACGACAUGAGUAGAUAAAACAUUAACGCUGGCCAGUCACAGCUUCAACAUUCAAUAUUUUAAUUGUAUUUUAAAUACUGGGGCCAUAUGUCAGUUAGAAUCAGGUUUGUAUCUACAAUUCUGUAAUUUGGGCAUUGGCUGCUGCUUUGAUCUUUGUCAUUCAUACAAUUACUGUGUCUCCAUCUGAGCAAUGAUUUAAUAUUAGCUCAUUUCAUGAUUAGUUUCCAUGGGAUCUCUCUGCUGUUUGGACUUUCUAUUCUGUAUACACUUCCAAACCAGCGUGCCGAGAAGCUUGUCUUUUGGAACUUUACAACUGAGACGCACAAUGUCAGCCCUAGUCUAAAACUGAUGCAGCAACCAUUAACACAGUGGGGUUUACAGCUGAGAUCUGACCCAGGCGUCCAGUGCUAUUGACUGUCCUGGACUCAAUUAUCAUGUGUCUUAAGCCACUUUGUGUUCUGACUGGAUAAUGACCAUUGAUGGUGAAAAUUUCCAUAAGUCUGCUGGAAUAGCCUUUCCCAUAACAAAUAACUCAAAUGUACAAGCUUGAGGGAGCUAUGUUGCCUACAUUUCCCUAAGUGAUGGAGGCAGUGAACAAUCGCAGUGUUUUAAAAAGCUAGGCCAUGUUACCAAUGGCAACAGGCAGUCAGGCAGCAUCCUGCACGUCAGUGGAAAUGGCAUCUGAUUCAUUGUCCACAGUGAUGCUGUUUUGGAGAAUUUAAAGAGAAUGACCCACUGUCUUGAAGACUGCCAAUAGACCAGGCUGCUCCUUUAAAUGAAGGUAAAAUUAACUUGGUUGUGUAGUUUAAAUGUUUAAGUGGCAACACUACAGCUGGAGCCAGCAAUUAAUUGUCAAUUGUUUAAUGUGUAUAUGUCAAUGUACAGCAUUCAAGUAUAGAAUGGUAAAUGGUACGAAAACUAAUCAGUGGCUGUUCACAGAGAAUAACCAACAGAAAAUAAACCUUUCUUAAAAAAAAAA